GAACUCAGUUGGAGCAUUGGAGCCGCGCUACUGCAUCUUAUCUUGCGUCCUUUUACACGCGUGAGACGCCGAGUGUACAUUACAUGAAAAUUCCAUGGUUCAAGACGUUAAUGGCUAGCAGCAGCAGUUGUUGUUCAUGUUAUUUGUAAUAGCUUUCGAGAUAACAGAGCGUAAGAGAGUGUGUCGCAAAACUUGGACGAGGGACUGUCUCGCGAUCCUUGCGUCGGAAUUUCAUUUUUUGCGAUGGCUGAAAAUCGGGACGCGAUACUGGCUGACUUUCAGGCUUGCACUGGAAUUUAUGAUUUUGAGGAAGCUAUUUUAUACUUGGAAGAAACAAACUGGGACUUACUGGCUGCGAUAAAUAAAGCCAUGCCUCAGACUACGCAGCAGCUACCAUCUGAAAUGGCUCCGGAUAUAGAAAUGGUAGAGGAAAUUAAAGUAACACCACUCUCGUCUUCAUCAUCAAAGCUGCAGAACUCGAAAAAAAUAGGAUCUGUGAGCACAGAAGACAUAGUGGAGAAUGCAAAACCUGGGACAAGUAGACCUAAAAGUUGCAUAAAAAAUCGAACACUUACAUUCCACAUUAAUUAUCUUGAUAAAGUUUAUAAUAUAAAUAUUUCCGAGUUAUCCACCUUAAGGGAACUUAAGCAAUUUAUAUAUUACAAAACGGGUGUACCAGUCUGCCAACAGAAUCUUCAUGGAUGGAAAAUUGAACCUGCAUCAAUGACUACAACACUAAAAGUUUUAGAUCUGCCUAGAGAAAAUACACUGUAUCUAUCGAUGUUGUCGCAAGACGGUGACUUGGCUCAUGAAUCCCUGAGUCUGUCAGAUCGUAUGACUCUGACCUACACAUUAAAUGUGAAGGAUGAAGUGCAUAAUAAAACGUACAAACUGAAGUUUCCUGGCACGCGCACUGUGUUAGAGGUAAAGACGGAUAUCUACUCAUUAAUAGACGUGCCCGUGCGAAAUCAACAAUGGAAGGGUUGGCCUAGUUCAAUGAAGGACGAUAAUGUAAUACUGGCACAAAGUGGUAUAUGUUAUCCGGAGCAUGAUCUAUCUGUUGGAAAACUUCCCGCGAAGGAAGAAAAAAAGAAGGUUGUCGAUCUAGUUGACAGCGACAGUUCCAUAGAUGAGCAGGAGGAUGUGGAAGAGUUUGAUGUUCCGGAAGAGUUUACUGGCGAUGACGAUAUUUUCAUAGACGAUGUUAAACCCACUAAAGUAGAGCGUCUCAUGCCAGAAAUUGUAGUAGAUGAGGUAACGGGUACGUUACAUUUCGCGGAGCAAUUCGAAAAACGAUACGGAGCAGCACAUCCAGAAUUCUUCACUGGUACAUUCGAGGACGCCCUGAAGGAAUCUUGUCUAAAACCAGCGAAGGAGAGGAAAUUAUUGGCUGUAUAUUUGCACCACGAUAAUAGUGUAUUAGCAAAUGUCUUUUGUACUCAACUAUUAGGCUUUGAAACUGUGCUUCAACUUCUCUCGGCGAAUUUUAUAGUGUGGGGUUGGGACAUUACGUAUGAAUCUAACAAAGAAAGAUUUUUGUAUUCUAUAACUCAAACUCUUGGUACUGUCGGCACGUUAGCUGUAUCAAGCAUAGAUGUUGAUACCUUGCCAGUUCUUAUGAUCAUCAUGAGAUCCAGAUCUAACACGGAAAUAUUUACUAUCGUACAUGGCAAUGUAGGUGUUAAUGAGUUACUAACGAAUUUGGUACAAGCUGUCGAUGUGUUUCAGGAACAAAGGCGAGCUGAUAUUGGCGCUGAAGAAGAACGACAGGCUAGAGAAAGAGUUAAGCAAGAACAAGACAGAGCGUAUCAAGAAAGUUUGGCAGCUGAUAGAGCAAAAGAAGAAGCAAAACAAAUGCAAGAAGAACGUGAGAAAAAAAUGAAAGAGCAGGCUGAAAACGAGAGAUUAGCUGAAGAAGCGAGGAAAGAGGCUCAUAGACAAGCUGUAGAGUCUAGUUUACCACCUGAACCGCAACAAGGAGCUGGCGACGGCGUGAUGAAAGUGAGAGUACGGCUUCCGGCGGGAAAAUUCUUGGAACGUAAAUUUCAAUCGGACACGCCAUUACAAACGCUCUUUAAUUUCCUUAUUGUGGAAGGUUAUCCUACAGAGGAAUAUAAGCUCCUAUCCAGUUGGCCUCGAAGGGAUGUAAGUAGAUGAUUUAACAUCCAUGGACUCAAAACUCACUUUGAUGGAACUGAAAUUCUGUCCCCAGGAAACAGUAAUUUUAGAGGAACGAUAAACAAUAUAUUGUAAUUAAAUUCAAAUGUAGAAAUUAAGUGUCGCGAAUAUUCUUCAGGAAUGUAUUUAUUUAACAACUUCGAAAUAGUGAUUAUCGAGUCCUGUUUAUCUUGCGACUAUACAAUUUUUACGCUGAAUUUUUCAUAUACGACGAAGUUUCGUAUGUGACGCACUCCGCGCGAAUAUAAUUUUUAUUUUAUAAAAAAAAGAAAGCGAAAGUUCGUUUUCACAUGCGUACGUAUUAUAUACUUUAAAUUUUCAGGAAUAAAUUGUAUUUCGAACACAUUCGAUUUCAAACAAAAAA